CCGGAACUCGAGUUCCUUAUUGAUUCAUCUAAAACACUCUUUGGGUUAUACUUAUGCGCAGCAUGUGUGCACGAAUGUGUAAUGUUGAAUUUUAAAGAGGGCUAAAACAUGUCUGGUGUGGAAGUGGCCAAAGAGGAACUUAAGGAGAUAGACAUAUGUGACAUCUGCUCGGAGGAGGAGGAGAGCGGAGUUUUCCUCAACUCAGGUGCGUCGUACCUUGACGGCUUCUCCGCGUUUCACAAAUGGGCUUCAAAGGGACGUUCAGUAUCGGAUGGAUACUGUGAGUGCGCCAAAACAGCUUCAGUCUCACUAUGCAAGUGCGCAAAAGUGCCUCAUGGAGCAGCAGCUGGAGAGAUCCGUAUGGAGAGAGGAGGAGGAGGUGUGUAUUCGGAUGAAGAGGAUCUGAGAGCGUCCCGCGCAUCAUCUAUAGUGGACUGUCUGUUAGUGGAACUCUAUGACACAUACAGUAAUGUCAGAGGGGUGGACAGCUCGACCGAAGCCUCCAGCUCAGAAGCCUUCCUGGGCAGGAGUAACACUGGCUCCAACUUUCUCCAAGAACUUCAGGAGAAGCACACGAGGCGCCAUCAGAUGAAAUACCUGGCUCAAAAAGGUCCAGAGGAGCUAAAGUGGAUCAUUCAGGAAGUGAAGUAUCGUAUUGGAGUGCAGUCGGCCAAACUGGUGCGUCAGGUCAAGAGGAAGGACAGACUUCGGCAGAAGUUUCAGAAGAACUGUGAUAUAGUCACCGCCUGCCUGCAAGCCAUCUCUCAGAAAAGACGGGUGGACACCCGGUUGAAGUUCACUAUCGAACCUUCUUUAGGCAAGAACGGCUUUCAACAAUGGUACGACGCUCUGAAGGCAGUAGCCAGACUCCCAGUAGGGAUUCCCAAAGAGUGGAGGAAGAGGGUAUGGCUGACCCUGGCUGACCAGUACCUCCACAGCAUCUCCAUAGACUGGGAGAAAACAAUGAGAUUCGCCUUCAAUGAUCGCAGCAAUCCAGAUGAUGACACUUUGGGAAUCCAAAUCGUGAAGGACCUGCACAGGACCGGCUGCAGUUCAUACUGUGGCCAGGAGGCGGAGCAGGACCGCGUGGUGCUGAAGCGGGUGCUGCUGGCAUAUGCCCGCUGGAACAAGACUGUCGGAUACUGUCAGGGCUUCAAUGUUCUGGCCGCCCUCAUCCUGGAGGUCACAGAGGGAAAUGAAGGAGAUGCAUUGAAGGUGAUGAUCUAUUUGAUCGAUAAAGUGCUUCCCGAUAGUUACUUCGCCAAUAACCUGCGAGCCCUCUCAGUGGACAUGGCCGUGUUCAGAGAUCUGCUGCGACUGAAGCUUCCAGAACUUUCUCAGCAUCUCCACCAUCUCCAGAAAGUAGCCAAUCGGGAAGGAGGAGGGAGCUAUGAGCCUCCGCUCACCAACGUCUUCACCAUGCAGUGGUUUCUGACCAUGUUUGCCACUUGUUUACCCCAUCACACUGUGCUGAAGAUCUGGGACUCGGUCUUCUUUGAGGGCUCUGAAAUGCUACUGCGUGUAGCUCUUGCCAUCUGGGCCAAACUUGGAGAGCGAAUUGAGGAGUGCCAGACUGCCGAUGAAUUUUAUAGUACUAUGGGCUGCCUGACGCAGGAAAUGCUGGAGCACAACCUUAUCGACUCCAAUGACCUCAUGCAGAUGGUCUACUCCAUGGCCCCGUUCCCGUUCCCCCAGCUGGCUGAGCUCAGGGAGAAAUACACCUACAACAUCACCCCGUUCCCGACCCCUGUCAGAGCGAACAGCAGUCUUGCACUCCAUGGAUGGGAGAGUGAUGAUGAUGAUGCUGACAUGGAUGAUGAAGACUCUAUUGUCACUGCUCUGGGUUGCCUGGGGCCUCUUGGAGGACUUCUGGCCCCUGAGAUCCAAAGAUACCAAAAGCACCUUAAAGAUCAGAGAGCGGAGCAGAGCUCUCACGGCAGUAACAUGGCCGAGAUGAGUCCCGGGGCGGUGGGCGCGGGACGGGCCGAGCACCAGGCGGCAAUCAACAGCAUGAUGCUGGAGCGCAUGAGCACAGACAUCAGCGCGCUGAAGAAACAGUACUCACGCAUCAAACAGAAACAACAGCAGCAGGCUGGGCUCCUGUACAUCCACACAGGACCUCGCGUGGAAGCUGAAACUAUUGAACCUCAUCAAGCCAGUAAACAGCAGAAGCACCACACUGAUAAGUGUCCAGCCACCAGUAUCCUUCCCUCCCAAAUCGGUCCCUCCCCUGUGGUCAACCAUCUUCUCCUGGGCAGGAGGCCCAGACCCGGUCAGCGGUCCUCUAAGAACGGGAUCAUCCAUAACGGUGAAGGUCCUCAAGCCCACUCCACACCCAGCCAGGAUCAGAUGAUUCGGGCCAGACAUCACUCGCCCUGGCGCACACAUGUGCGAGCGCACCGGAGGAACAUCGCCAGGGCACGGGCGCAACUCAGGUUUGAUGAUUCUCUGGAGAUAGAAGACGAACAAAUGAGCAAAACAGAAGAAGCAUCUGAAGAGGGAAGAAGUGAGGAUGAAGAGCAAGAGAAGGUGGAGACUGUAAGCCCAGAUGUCUCUCACCAAGACCACAGCUCUGGAGAAGGAGAAGAUCUCCAGGAGAUCAACAAGCAGUUGUCUUCUUUGGAACUGGAACCAGAACUUUCAUCAGAAGCAGCUUCUGAUCCAACUCCACAAUCAGACGCAGAUUCUGAUGCACCUACGUCAUCUCCAGAACCAGCUUCUGAUGCACCUACAUCAUCUCCAGAACCAGCUUCUGAUGCACCUACACCAACUCCACCACCAGAAUCAGCUUCUUCUGAUGCACCUACAUCAUCUCCAGAACCAGCUUCUGAUGCACCUACAUCAUCUCCAGAACCAGCUUCUGAUGCACCUACAUCAUCUCCAGAACCAGCUUCUGAUGCACCUACAUCAUCUCCAGAACCAGCUUCUGAUGCACCUACACCAACUCCACCACCAGAAUCAGCUUCUGAUGUACCUACACCAACUCCACCACCAGAAUCAGCUUCAAAUCCAAAUACACCAACUCCACCACCAGAACCACAGCCAGAGCCCAAAUCCACGGCCUCAGCUCCGCUCCCAUCCACCCACCGUCCAGGUUCAGACUCAUUCAGCUCAGAAAGCGGAGGCUCACUCAAAAGUAGCCCUUCAACGUCAGCAGGAGAACCUCCGAAACCACAGCAGAUCUUCUCCCCGUUCCCUUGCAUCAAAACCCCUCGCAAGUCCAUCACUGCCAGAAACUUGGGCCUCUACGGUCCAAACGCCAGGACUCCAAAUGUGCACUUUCCCCAGAUGAGCAGAAGCAUGAACCAUGUUGGAAACACCACAAGGCGGCGAUGAUGAAUAGUCGACUACAGGCGAGCACUUAUUUGAUUCUUCAUAUCGAUACGUUUGGGUUCAAAACUCCAACCACGAAAGCACAUCUCUAGUAUGAUUCCAGAUACUCCAAAACAUCUACAUUUAGGAACAAUAUUUGAUUAUUUAAUGCUUCCAUGAAGUUUAUAACAUGAAUUUAUGAAGGCUGUUUCUUGUUUAUUUUCUUUUUUUUUAGUGAAACCCUACCUAAACAUUUGGGAAUUAUACCCGACACUGAAAGUAUCUCUUGUUGCAUGUUCAGGUCAGCAGUAUUCACUACAAUGCACUGUGUAUGUUUACUGACAUGCUUCAAAGCUCAGAAAAUCACUUGUAUGUAAAAUACUCAUGCUAAAUGACUGGGAAAUGCUGCAGUUCUGCAUUGCACAGUCCAAAAAUAUUUUUUAGCAACCAUUUACACUAUUUAAUCAUAUAAAGUCAACAAAUUUUCCAUGUUCGGUUGUUUCUGUUGUUUUUGACAACACUGGUGUUCAUUUUCCAGUCAUGUCAAGCCAUUCAUGUUUCUUUUAUUUUGAUCUUUCCUUAGUAAAUUAUUCAUUUGCCAUCUGAAUGACACAAGUUGUUGUCAUUAAGUUCUCUUUUCUGAUGCUCUGGUCAAAACUCUCCGCAAUUUAACAUCCCUUUGAAUGUUUCUCUUCUCUCUAUUAAUCUUUGGUGCAUAUGAGUAGUGGAGGAUCACAAAUGCCCCACAGAGAAUAAAAGACGUGCAAGUAUGGAAAAAAAAAAA